AUGGCUAACAUACCGCUUCACUGCAACAUCUGUCCCAAGAAACCAAAUUUUAGCGAUGUCUCCCAUCUACUUACCCACAUCGCCAGCAAGGGCCACUUAUCCAACUACUACAAGGUCAAGGUCCGCUCCACCAAUGAGGAAUCAUCCCGCCAACUCAUCGAGGCAUACGACCAAUGGUAUGCUGAAUGGUCUGUUGAGGAGCUCAUGUCAGAGCGGAUGAAUCAAAAGGAUAAACGUCGCACUCGGGCAAAGCCAGCUGCCCGUUCCACUUCUGCGCCCAAGAUCGAGGCUCCUGUGCCACGCUCCGUUCGUCGCGCUGCCGCCGCUGGUAACUUUCUCGAUCCCCGUCUCGCAGAGCAGCAGCGCCAGCAUACAGCGAUAAAGUUGGAGCAAUCACCUUCGCCCAUCUCUCAAACUGCAGGCCCACUUCUCCGUAACCGCAACACUUUCGCUCCCCAUAUGCAAUACUGGCCUACAGAAUCGCGUGCCAGCUCUCAAAGCUAUACGAACCCCGACUAUGAGACCUCGAGUGAAUACUCGGAACCAAGCGAGAGGCGGCGAUCAUACCAACAUGCAGCGGCUUCUUGUGCGAUUGAGGACGAUCCUGCAGAUGUAGCAGACCCGAUGGCUGUCAGUGAGUCAACCAAGCUCAAGGGUGUGUACUGGCCUGGGAUGGAUAUUUUUGAUUCAGCUACCCCGGAGAUGCGCCGCAAGAGAAACCAAAAGAAAGACAGUUCUGUUGUUGCACAGUUAGAGCUCAACUCCUUGGACGUUGAGGCAACGGAGCUCAUUUUCACUCCUUUGGGGACGUUCAAGCGACAACGAAGAAUCUCAUGUUCUGAAUCUGAUGGAGAUGAGGUCGAGCUCAAAUCCGAGAGCUCUCCUCCAAUGCGCAGGCGUCCUGCACUCGCGCAUCUCGACGUCAACACCUCUCGUCGUUCCAGACAAUCAAAUCACCCUGCAUUCCCCUUCCUGGAUCGCAACCAGUACGAUGAAGAUUAUGGCCGCACUAGCAAUCGCACUCGCGCAUCAAAGCGAAAGCGGUUUGAUGUCUUCCAAGAUGACAGCGCUGUUUCAUUCUCACAGCCUAGCAGUAUGACCUAUCUUACAUCUGCCUUCACACGUCAGCCUUCGCCGAGUCCGACAGCCCCUUUUCAUACUUACAAGCCUUUCAAUGAUUCAUUUCAAUACGAUAACAAGGAGAACACCAUGCCCUCGUUUCACCAAACAGCUUAUGGCAACAUCCAUAGCCAUCAGAGUACCAGCUACCAGUACCCUACUUACGCCUAUGGCCUAAGCCCUGAUCAUCAGGUCUUCCAGUACAGCACCCACUUGUACAAUGCGGCUAAUGAAUACCCGCAACACGACCAAGAUGAAGAUGACGACCAACGCACUAUCACUGCGCCUCCUUCUCCGUCUACGAGCUAA